AUGCUCGAAUAUAUUGCCCUUUUUCUAUUUUUCUCAAGUUCGUUUGGAGCGGAAAAACCAGAUUGUGAAUCUGAACAUGCCGUUCUGACAAUGUUGAAUUGUACAGCAACUCUUCUAGAUUUGAUAGACAUCGCUAAAGCUCACCCAAAAGACUAUGAAUCUCUAAAAGCCUAUCUGGAAAGUGGCGAGCAUUUUUUGACUUGUGAUCCUUCUUACAAAUGUCAAAACAAUACGAAAUACACAGAUAUUAAGAAUCACAGAGAGAGUGUAACAAGAACAUGCAUAUUCUGA